AUGGAGUUGAGCUAUCAUCAGAGAGCAUUGGUCAGAGACCUUGAUCGUCCCUUUGAGGACAUCACACGAGAAGAGAAGCUCUGGUAUCUCCGCACGCAUCUGGAAGGAGAGCACCGCGGUCAUCAGUUUUUGAUGUGCGCCUGGCGUACCUACGAUCCUCCAAUUGAGCUGCCUCUACCUCGGAUACCAGGUUACCAAUUCCAGGACAUCUACAACAAGUCGGUUCCCAUCUAUAUCCUAAAGGGCCAUUGGUGGCUUGCAGGUAUACUUGACAACUACAUCUAUCGUCGAUGGUUCAAGCCUUACCGCAGCGAAAUCGAGUACGGUCGCUUCAUCACCAAAUUCAUCGGUCUCAGAGACACAGACACUCCCUGCGCGGCCACACUCCAGAGGAUCGUGUCCCUGAAUGGAGCCGUCUGCGCACAGAUUCAUGAGCUUCGCAAAGAAUACGACCGGGUGAUCGCCGGUGAGUCCGCAAGACGUCUUGAUAUCGUUAAGGACCACCAUCAUUACGUCCUUCAACCACUCUUCCAAGCCCUUCUCCUCGUCCUCAACCCUACAGAUUGGCAUGGCGAAGAUUCGAGCUCAAUUGGCCGGAUUCCCGUCAUACUUGUGCGUACUGGAGUCGAAGAUGGGCUUAGUGAGCCAAUCACAUUCGAAUCAAUCGUCGACAAAACUGAUGGCUAUGUUGGAGAAAAUGCCAUCAGAACCACGGUAGAGACAGCUAUCGGGUUUGUGAUGGACCUGGAAGCCCGUGAAACUAGAGCAUUCGGUCUUCGACCUGACCAAACUGCCUCAUGGGAUCCAGAUGCUUUAUUCGACGGAUGGCGAGAGAUAAUGCCAUUUGACCAGUUAAUCGGGCCUAGCUCUCGGUUUGUGGAUGACGAGCGAUAUCCAGAGUGGUCGGGACCUGGCCAUUUCUUCGACACUGUACACUGUGUCCAAAACGAACAGCGAGAGCUCCGGCGCUAUGCUUCCUGGUUCCUGGUCACCUAUCGCGGCACCUCAACCAACAGAGAUUCAGACGCGCAGACUUGUAUUAGCGGUGCCGUAUCACCGCCUGGGUCCCAGUUAACUGCAGCCUGUGUCGUCAUCACCAGUACUCCCCUGGGCAAGAACUACAUACUACUAGUGUGCAGUACACGAAACACCACGUCGCCGGGCUGGGAGAUUCGUCUCAACCCAGAAGUACGGACAAGUACUCGUAUGUAG